AUGAAAAGACAUCACAAAUCAGAGCACUAUAGAUGCACCGAGUGCGAUCGAAUAUUCAUCUCCACCGGCAAGAAAGAGCACGAGCACAGCACUAAGCACGUUUCUUACAUGCUGGUUCCUUCACUUGACCGGGAGCACGCAGGUGCUGCGGCGGCGGCAUCGACACAGAGGACAUACGAGCCCAGAAUGCCUCGCGAGAGCAUUGAGACGGUCCAAAUGCGCACCAAGUAUGGUUCCAUGAUUCAAGAUUUGCUUCGAGAAUGCCGGAACUCAAAAAAUUCUCAACUCGGCCAUACAAGGUGGGAAAAUAGCUUGACGCUCCUAAACCGGAUCUUCCCUUCUGAUCGCGACAUACCGAUCGCGCGAAUCGGGCCCAUAUCAACAAUGGCGGACGACGCAGACGUCUGGUACGCUACAGAAGACGACAUAGAGAAAAUCAUGGCUCAAAACUUCAUCUUGCACAAACCCACGGUGGUGAGAUCACGUCAAUUAGGACAACGAGGCCAGGGACUGGAUCACUUCUUAGAGGCUCUGAACGAUCAUUUUGGCGAUAGCAAGGUGGACGUACAAGACCCAAGUACUAGAAAGAAAUCCGCCGUCUCCUCACAUGUCUGCGACGUUAUUGACCGAAUCAGAGAAGGGGCGGACAUUCCGGCAGGGCGACUUCCGAUAAACCUGCUGAACUUGAAGUAUCUGGGACAAGUCCCACCGGCUCCUGCAUUCCUCAAUCUGCGUCGGUUCGAUGUCCUUCCGGCAAUCAGCUCACGUCUAGAGGCGGAGUUUACCGGACGAGCGAUCGCCGGCAAACGGGGCCACGCCGUGAUGGUCGAGGCCAGAGAAGUCGACCUGGACCGCUCCUUGACCUUUUCGCUAUUCGCCCAGCGAGGUGCUUUUACCGGAUUCCACGUCGAUAGCCCAGAUGCAACAUGGGUAUGUCUUGAGUGGGGCCUGAAGCUUUGGAUUUUCGCUACAGACACGAACGAAUCCGAGAUGGUCAAGUUCACAGAUGAAGGCAAAAAUUGGGUUCCCGAUAGCGUUGUCGCUAUUGUGUUGGAGCCGGGUGAUACGCUCAUCAUGCCCUCCGCACAGCUCCUCCCUCACGCUGUACUCACGUUGGCAGACUCACGGAUGACGGGUGGUAUGUUCAUGGACGCACUUCGCAUUCUAGAGUCGAUUGAGAAGCUCCUGUGGAUAUCUAUACGCCCGUCUGUCUCGAAUGAACCCAUACCGCUGCAGCUCCUCAGAGGAUGGAGCCACCUGCGCAAGCUUUUUUAUGACAGAAACCAGUCUACAACUGACCGGGCCAGGUUCGAAAAGAUCACGGGGCUACUGCUCAUGUUUGACUUGCAGAUGCUCGUCGUAAGUGGCGCAGGACCAAAGAUGCACCCCUUGGUGCCGCAUCCACAAGGAAAAAACGCAGAGCCUCCAAACGCACAGGCGCAGUAUCCGGCUGAGUCCGGCGUUGUGCUGAUGCAUAAGGGAGUUCGACUUCCCUCGAGCCGUCAAUCAGCCAUGUCACUGCCUAGCGGCCGGUUCAACUGUACUCAGGGAGAUGCAAGGGCUCAGCUAAGGCGACCAUUAGGGGAUCCUUGUCGCAAAAUAGCAAACACCAGAUACGACUGGCCCAGGUCAAAGAGACGCAAAACUCCAACUUGCGUCCUCGCAGACACGAAUCGUUAA